AUGGUUAACCUCAGCCAUCCGUCAAUCCAUCUCAAUCCUUUACCAAACCCCAUCAAAAUGAGUCAAUUUCUCCAUGAAAGAAUUCUGUCAGAGUUUGUGAACCCGCAGACAGACUCUCCUCUCUUCUCCCUUCUUCCCGGCGAAGUCAGAGACAAGAUCUUCUCCUACGUCCUGACUGACCAUCCUGACCCUGGAGCACACAUGCAAUAUAGCAAACAGACAUGCUAUACUCGUCCUUUGUACGAGGCUCAUCAAUCGACCGAUACCAGGGUCCUUCGCACAUGUCGUGCCGUCUAUCGCGAGACGUGGUUCAAACCAUUUCUCUUGCGAGAACACGUCAGAUGGGCCACAGCUCCCGAUCGUGCCCCGCCUGGAAAGUCUGGUGUGCCUUAUGAAGUGAGACACAUGCUUAGUCGACUCCUUACACAGCAGCCGGAGCAAGACAAGGUCGAGAUUGAGAGACUCCGAAUCUUUGCGCAGAUGUACAAGCUCGAAGAGGGUCUUGUGGCCAAGAUCCUGGCCGAGCCGGCGCUGCUUGCACCUCGCAUCGUCACCCUCACGAUUCGCCACACUGAUUGGUGGUUUUGGGAAGACGACGAGCCUCUUCGUUUUGAAGGCGGCUGGAUUGAGGACGUUUGUAAAGCCAUGCAUUGGUGCACAAACCAAUUCUGCAUCGAGCUGGAGUCUUUGGAGAGAAAGAAGGACCAGAUUGACAAGAUUGCUGAUCAAAUGAUCAAGAAGUGGUACUUUAAACGCUGUGACGGUGUCGUGCUUUACGCCGAUGCAUUGGGCAGAAAGAAGAGUCGAUGGAGCGGCGAUAGCACAUGGGGCGACCGACGAUGGGUUCGCGACGAGACGGAACCUGGUAGACUCGACUACUACAUUGUCUCUGUGACGUUCCGUCCUCGAAUCGACAUUGAGCGAAGCGGCGGUACCGUUGAUAGAGAGGUCUUUAACGCUUCGCAGAAAGAUUGGUUCGACGAAAACGAACUGAAGAUUCACCUUGGAGACGAGAGCCGCAUUGAGGACCCUUCCCCGUUUGAGUAUGUUAGGGAUACCCGUGAUGCGAUUCAGAGUUUUCCGACGCGGAAGUCGGUCGGCAUCGUCAACGAUGGUAUGACUCCUUCUUUCCUGCGCGAGAAUGAUCGGGUGGAUAGCAUGUUGAACAUUUCAAGCGCGUGUCUGAGAAGAAGGGAAGAACACGGGUAG